UCAGUGCAGGUGGAGAGAGGGACUGCUGGAUAUCUGAACCUGGAGAUUUCACUGGAUGGAUCCUCUUUAACUCUUCUUUAACCAUCAAGACUUUGUAUAUAUGUGUUUUAUUUAUUAUUCCUGCUUUGGACAUAACUUAACUUUACUUUGAAGAUUUGCUGCUACCACCAGUGGAUGUAAUCCCAACACUCAGGUGCUGUUUAAGGAGGGAAAACUGCUGGAGGAGGAUUUAUUUAUUUGAAAUUCUGAGACUGAUUCUUCCUCCAUUAAAGGAGUUUAUCGUUGUGAGACACCCAUCUUCAGCAUAAGUUGCGUGAUCAUGGCAGACUUCCCGUCCAAGGUUGCCACGGAGACCAGCUCCCCCCACUCCCAGGGCUCUCAGCAGGGGGGCAACAGCCUCAGAGGGCUGGCUGCGAAUGUCACCAUUAGGAUGGACAUGUCCUUUAUCCGAAGCAUCCCGGCCAUCCUCAUGAUGGCAGAAAUAUUUCUGGGGAUGCUCCAGUGGGCGUUGAUAGCCAGCGCUCCCUACACGGCACUGCCGGCGUAUGGCUGGGUGCUGUUUGUGGCCAUCACCCUGUGGAUCCUCACCACCAUCCUCUUCUUCAUGAUCCUGUUCAGAGCCCAGCAAAAACUAUCCGCUGUCCCCUGGCCCAUGACGGUGAUGGCGUAUCACGGCAUAGCCACAGUCCUCUAUCUGACCGCCUUCCUGGCCAACGCAGCAUCUGUGCAUCCCUACCGCUUCACCUAUUUCUACGGACAUAUGGCAGCCGCCUCUUUCUUUGGUGCCGUGGUGACCGUGGCGUACGGAGCCAGUGCUUUCUUCUCCUAUCUGGAGUGGAAGGGAGAUGGAGGAAACGCUGCCACCAGCACAGUGCCGACCUAGGACUCAAACCUGUGGUGCCGAUCCUGGGAAAACACUUGUGUUCUCUUUCCCUCAGUAUACCGGGAUAUAGUCCGGUGUCGAUGCUCAACUGUCCUCAGUGUCACGUGACCAUCACUGCGGACCGUGGUAACCCAAAUCCUGACCUUAGCUUAACCCCAGUAUUAACAAUACGUUCACACAGACAUUAUUUAUACAUAGUUUUCAGUGAAACUCAAUAGACUUUGACCUUAUGAAAAUAAAUUGUAUCUCAGCAUUUAAUUGUCCACAUAAAAUGUGGCUGCCUAUAAGUAAUACAUUUAAUAAUAUUACCAUUAUAAAUGCAAAUAUAAAGCCAACAAUGCCUUAAAUGCUUGGUAAUAGCAUGGGUGUAUUUAAUAUACACAUAUGAUGCCUCAGUAUGCACUAAAGAUAUUUUGAUAGUCCGGACUGUAGGAUGAAUAUGAAGCUACUGGCAGCACAAUGGAGACGAGGGGAAUGCCUCAGUGGGAAGGUACAGUAACAAAACCCACCCUCCAGUACCUGUAAGACUCAUUCAUUAACACAGAAAUGAGCCAGAUUAACGUUAGUUCUUGGCCAGGAAGCAGUGAUUUCCUGGAGUCUUCUCAGCCGAUAAAUAAUCUGGCAGUUAAUUGGCUGCUGGCUGUAAGCCUCAUAGUCAACGUAUACAGACACGAGAGCGGCAUCCAUCUUCACAGUUAACCCCCAGCGGAUAAGCAAAGCACUGAUUCAGUAACAAUGAUAGAGCACAUUCCUUUAUCUUACUUUCACUCCGUAUUUUCCUCCUGGUCGUCCUCGGCCCACCAGCAGUGGCUCUGUAUCCUGACAGUAGUAAAUGAGACAGAUCAUCUGUGAACCUCUGGCUCCUCCUGGUGCUCCUAACAGCCACCUGGCCCCAAAAAUAACAACCAAUCAGAGCCAAGAAAGGUAGUGUCAUUCCCACGUGGUCAAAUAUCAAUGCUGGGAUUGAGACAACAACAAUCGACCAUCUUCGAGUCACCAAGACCAAAACGUUUUUCCAUCUUUCUCAGCCCUGAUUGGUUGCUUUCGUUCGGGCCUGGUGGAUUCUUGCAUAUCCCAUUAGGAGCACUAGGAGGAGCCAGAGGAACCUGUCAGGAUACAGUGAAGAAAAAUGACCUGCUGCAGCUUUAAAUAAGGUCGCAACAAAACAAAAAAAUUUAAUUGAACUGCAGAGUAAAUGCAGUUAUUUGUUCAUAUUCUGAAUAACAGCAACAACAUAGUAUUAGCACAUCUACUAUACAGUGGGAUCCAUUAUUGAUGACAUUUGUUUGGAAAAACUGCCUCAAAAUAUCAACAUUAUUCAGAACUGCUCUAAAGUCGUGUCCUCAGUGUGACUGUGCGGUUUGAGAGGGAGGAGGAUCAAACACAGGAACUUACUCCAAACUUUGACAGCCUGACCAAAGACUUUGAUUUUUAACAUUUCUUCCAGUGUGGAGUAGCAACUAAAGCUGUGUCAUCCAACAAGGAGAAACACACAGAAACAUCAUUAUCGAACGUUCGUUUACGUUUUUUUUGUUUACAGAUCGUGGUUGUUGUUGCACCGGUUAGACUGAUGAGUACUGUAUCAGGCCUGUAUCACUAACUCCUGCAUGAACAGGAAGGUGUGAAGAAUUACUGUAUGCAUUGAAUCUGUGUCCUGAACAUCCAGGCUCCCGUAGAAACCCAUUAAUCCCCCAUGGACCAAGCCAAAGCACUGAUAAUGAACUGAACAAUUGACUGUUUUAAUCCAACAUUCUGCAUUAAUGACUCCUUUAAUGAUCCAAAUAUGGUUCCACUGGGGACUCACAGAGCUGUGGGAAAAGUCUGGAACAUAUUUCUUUGAUUUAUACGAUACCAGUCCCUCCAAGAGUUCGGUGGCUUUUUGUCGCAGCCUAAAAUGCCUCUUUACACACCAGCGUCGCAAUGCAAGGUGUGAUGGCAACAGUUGACGUAAAGUGAGCCAAUACCCAUGUGUUCUGUGCAACCCUGCAACCGCUGUUGAGCCAUACGUCAUCAAACUGCUAGCGAGGUUUUGCAAUGUUUACCUUCUUCCGCAAUGUCAUGGCAAAAUAAAAUAAAAAGGUUUAAAACAUCGCAACAUGCACUGCAAUUUUUAGACAGUCCCCCCCCCCAAAAAAAGCCCCCAAAAUCCUGGAGGGACUGUGAUACCGUGCUCCACUCUUGUUAUACGUGCCUUUAUGAAAUUCGUUGCGUGUUUUUGUACCAAGAAUUUGAAUGCUAGUAAAAUCCUGUGGUGUCUGCUGGGGUUCAAAUAAAGCACUUGGUGUUUUCAA